AUGCUAUCUCCUUUCUCGCCCACUGUCCGUGCUGUCAGACUUGACCCACACUGCUUUUGGUCUUCAUUCUCUUUCUACUGCUUCGAAUUUGCAAAUGAAUUCUUGAUUGAAAUCCACGACCUCGGGGCCCUUGGAACCCGCACUAAUGAGAGCAAGGGCUGUUCCUCGGAAGUCCGAACAAAAGCAAGACUGUCCCUCGGGAGUCCGAAGGUAGCACACACCCUACUUUGGCAAGAAAGAUUCCUCUGGAAGAUAACCGAGUCUACCAAGCUUGCACCAACAGAAAUAAAGAUUGUCUCCCAGAAGUCCGAGCAGAAGCAAGGCUGUCCCUCUGAAGUUCGAGCAGAAACAAGGCUCUCCCUCAGAAGUCCGAGCAGAAACAAGGCUGUCCCUCGGAAGUCCGAGUGGAUGUGCACUUCUACUUUGGCAGCUAAUGGAAGCAAAGGCUAUCCCUCGGGAGUUCGAGUAAGAGUCCACUCUACUUUGAAAAGAAAGAUCCUCGGAGCUCAUAUUGAUGAAAUCAAGGGCUGUUCUUCAGACCCGCACUAAUGAGAGCAAGAGUUGUCCCUCGGAAGGCUCUCCCUCAGAAGUCCGAGCAGAAACAA